GUUAAGCAUCUUUACGACGCGGAAGGAUAAUUCGAAUGAGUAAACAGGAUUAACAUAAACAGUUCAGUGUUCAGUGUAACAAGGCAGUUUUUCGUCAAGGUAGAUUAUUCCAGAUUAUGAACACGACAUACUAGUUAUUUUGUACUUCCCUGUGUGUGAUCAACAGAGGGGCGAGGUCAUACAGGAAAAUGUUCUUGAUGGUGAUGAUAGUUCUCUCAAAGUUGUAUCUGAAUUCUGCAACAGAUCCUGAAUAUUAUGUGAUUGUGUAUGGGCCUGGGGCUAACCAAGGACGUGUUCAACUGAUCUUUGGUACGGAAUCAUUUACACUCUGUGGAGAUGGCUGGGAUGACGCGAAUGCCGCCGUGGUGUGUAGAAUGCUUGGUUAUACAAGCGGAGCUGUUGCUCUUCAAAAUGUCACAACUGCUAAUGCCGAUGACAUAUGGUCUCACCAAUUUGACUGUAAUGGAAGUGAGCCGUCCCUUCGGAAAUGUCCAAUAAUGGCGGUCGAUAAUGUCACUGAAUGCGCAACUCGUGGAGCGCCCGGGGUGUUCUGUUCAAAGGAUCAAGUUCCAGACGAUUUCUUCCUCCUGUCCUUUGGUUCAUCUAUUGCCCGAAUGGAUCGUUCGCACGAGAGUUUAACAGUGAUACAGUCUGGUGGUUUAGGACUAGUAAUCGCCGUCGACUAUGAUCCCAUUCAGCAUGACAUUCUUUGGACGGACAUAGUACUUAAUCAGAUUGCUAAAUGUCAUCUCAACGGAGGAGAGAUAACCAUUGUGUUUCAAGCAGGAGACGCUUCCGUGAUGGAUGGAUUCGCAGUCGACAGCGAUUCCCGACUUAUGUUCUAUACAGAUACCGGAUAUGACGAAAUAGGUGUGGUUCACAUGGACACAUUAACAAGAACUGUACUAUUUAAUUCAUCGUUAGAAGAACCGCGGAAGAUAAUCUUCGACUCAAAUACCAGUGAGAUCUACUGGACAGAUUGGGGAACAAACGCAAAAAUCGAACGAGCAAACUAUGACGGUUCUGACCGAGAGGUUGUCGUCGAUUCCGGACUUGUCUGGCCAAACAGUCUCGUAUUAGAUGGGGACUUGUUGUACUGGUGUGACGGUUCGACUGAUGUAGUAGAGAAAAUAGCGAGGGAUGGCACUGGACGAACUGUUAUCUAUUCUACAGGGCUAGCGCACUGUUUUGACUUUGUCCUUGUGGAUGAUUACUUUUAUUGCAACGAUUGGGGUUCAGCAAAUAUAAUCAAACUUGGGAAGAACGGAAGUGACAUUUCUACAUAUGGUCCAGGUCUUCAAAAACGAUAUGGCAUCGCUCAUUAUCGUAAAGGUACAUUGAAUAAGUGUUAAUAUAAGAGUAUCAAACCAUUCUUUUGUGGUAAAGUUUACUUUGUUUUGAAUUAUUGAUUUUGUUUUAUAACGAUGAUAAACUGAUGAAUGUUGAAAAUUGAUAUGAAAAUAAUGAAAUAUUAAAAGUAUUCAGUAUAUUACACAUUGGCUCAUAACUACUGUGAUUGCAAUAUUGAUUUAAUAUUAUGUUAAGAUUGUUUGUGUUUUUUCUCUAUUGAUAUGUACCGAAUAUAUAUGUGUUUAUAUACUAUGUGCAUGCAGUAUAUUAUGUUACUUGCUAAUCCCUAAUCAUAUACAUAAUACAUAUGUAUCGCACUAAUAAUACAUGACCACUCUGGAUCCGAAGACCCCCGUAAACAGAUAAGUAUAAUUUAUUUAUUUGAUUGACCAGUAAAUAUACUCAUUCCAUGUGAAUUCCUAAAGGUAAGUAAAUAAAUAAAUCGUACCACAGUUCUUUGUGCAAAGAUCUAAUAGUAUGAUACACUGUGGAAUAGAACUAUUAGAUAUACAUGAUUAUGUUAUGUUUAAUUACAUAUUAUUAUAUAACCUGUUUAAUACUGAUGAUGUAAAAUAAGUCUAAAUGUUAUAUGUCGUCUUGGUGAAUUGAUGGUAUUAUUUUCUGGCAUGAAUGCCUCACAAGUAACGGCCUCCUGAAAUGUUGACAUGGAAACAACCCUAUAGCCAGUAGUUACGACAUUCAAUGGUUUACACACACAACAGAACGUCUCGUGUUUACGUUACAUAUGUUUAUAUACAACAACUUACGUUUUCUACAUUAAUUUCGUAUUACGAUUAAUCUUUUUAACAGUCUUUAGAAUAAAAUACUGUAUAUUGUUAUUUUUACUAUGCCUACUUCCUUUGUCAAAAUUUUCGUAAAUAUUAUUUAAUUUCGUUAUCAGAAUAAUAGAAUUGGAUACAUUUUUCGGUUGCUCAUUUUGAAAAAAUAACAUGGAGUCACCGAGGUCGCCCAGUUAGUAUAUAUUUAUGUUUCUUUCGGAGGUAAGCAUUUUAUCGACAAAAGGAGUAUAAAGGUGGAACCAAUGAUACGCAAUGGGUAGAGGAGUAGGGAAGGCUCUGUGGAUCAAGGACCCUGGAACAGAUGUUGGGGUCGGAGGAUGAUUGGGCGAGACGUGAUGAAGGGUCGGAUAAUAAUAACAUAACUUCAUCAUGAUGAUUAUUGUUGUUUAGAAUCCUCGUGAUGCUGAGAAAAAACAAUCUACACUGUAGACAUGGAUGUGGACUACUGGAGUUGUUAAGCACCAAGGCCCUCUGGAAGGUUAGAACUAUUCUACUCGAUGACCGCAAGAACACGAUUACAACAAACAUUACCAAGACGAUGAUUCUGAAUCGAUUGUGAUGGACACGGAUACAACAUGCUGGAAAUGGACAAAAUAUGUUAAUUACGUGUUAGCAUACAAUCGUCUUUGGUGAAAAUGCAUUGAAGGGGUAAUAAAUGCGCAUUAUUCGGUAGAUAUCAAAACAUGUCCAGUUUUCCUAUACUGUUAUUCUAUCAAACGUCAAGAACAUAAAAGUAUUUGAAAUUAAAUUUACAUUUGAAGGUAAAACUCGA